GAAUAAGAUGUUGCCAAUAAUACAACAAUGUACACUUGUAAUUACUAUUUUUAUUCAAACAAUAUUAGUCACUGCAGCCAAAGAUGCGAAACCAAAUAUUAUAUUUAUAUUAGCUGACGAUUUGGGAUUUAAUGAUGUCGGAUUUCAUGGUUCGAAUGAAAUUCCAACACCAAAUAUCGAUGCUUUAGCAUAUUCUGGUGUAAUAUUAAAUCGUUACACAAUGCCAUCCUCUGGCGCGGCUUCAAGAAGUGCAUUAAUGACAGGAAAAUAUCCAAUACAUACGGGUAUGCAGCAUGGUAAUUUAUAUGCCAACGAAACACGUGGUCUAUCAUUAAAUGAAAAACUAAUGCCGGAAUAUUUUAAAGAUUUGGGAUACGCAACACGAAUGGUUGGCAAAUGGCAUUUAGGUCAUUAUCGUAAAGAGUAUACACCUACAUUUCGCGGUUUUGAUUCACACCUAGGAUUUUGGACAGAAUACCAAGAUUAUUUCGAUCACACAUCUAUACAGGGAAAGCAAUGGGGUCAUGAUAUGCGACGUAAUAUGGAUAUUGCGUACGAUUUGCACGGACAAUACACAACCGACAUUUUUACGAAAGAGGCAGUAAAAAUAAUACAUAAACAUAAGCAAACUAAACCAUUAUUUUUAUACGUCGCGCAUGCAGCUGUCCAUUCAGGCAAUCCAUAUAAUCCAUUACCGGCAUUAGAUGAAGACGUUGCAUUGUUUGAUUCAAUUGAAAAUAUUUAUCGGCGAAAAUAUGCAGCUAUGGUAAAAAAAUUGGACGAUUCAGUGGGUGAAAUUGUGAAUGCAUUAAAAAAGAAGAAUUUACUAGCUAAGAGUAUUAUAGUAUUUAGUACCGAUAAUGGUGGAUCAAUUUAUAUUGAAGAUGCUAAAAACAAACCGCAUUUUAAUGUCGCAUCAAAUUGGCCAUUGCGUGGAGGAAAGCGUUCAUUAUUUGAAGGUGGUGUGCGCGGUGUUGGAUUCAUAUGGAGUCCAUUCUUAUCAAAAAGGCAAAGAAUUUCAACAAAACCAUUUGAUAUGACCGAUUGGUUACCAACUUUAUACCAUGCAGCUGGUGGGAAUAUAACAGAAUUGAGAAAGGAUAUAGAUGGGAUUGAUUCUUGGAAUACUCUUUCGGAAGAUAAACCCACAAAUCGUACAGAAAUAUUGCACAAUAUUGAUGAUAUUGACGGAACUGCAGCUUUAACUGUUGGUGAUUAUAAAAUCGUUAUGGGACCUGAUGAACCUGAAUCAAUAUCCCAUUGGCAUUCCCCUGCUGAUUCAAAUAAAGAAUAUAAGUUAACGGAUAUUACAAAUUCAACUGUUGGCAAAAUUCUCAGUUCCAUGAAUAUGGCAAGCCUCCCAAAAAAAAUUAUUGAAUUACGAAAUGAUGCCCAGUUGAGACGAAUUUGUCCAAAUAUAACGACAACUGAAAAUAAUAAAUGCCAGUUAAGAAAAGCUCCAUGUUUGUUUAAUAUUAAGAAUGAUCCAUGUGAAUUUGAGAAUUUGGCUAAUAAGAAUCUGGAAAUAUACGUUCAACUAAAAAGACAAUUAGAUGAAUACAAAGGCUCAAUUGUGCCUCCAUCGAAUUUAGACGGAGAUCCUCGUACUAACCCCCAAAAUCAUGGUCAUGUAUGGACUUAUUUCGAUGAUAUUGAAUUUAGAAAUGGUAAUGAAAAUAUACCACUUGGAAAAAGUGCUUCUAGAAAUAAUAAUGUAAUGGGAAAGUCAGCAUUUGGUGAUAAUUUCACGAAAAAGAGUGAUAGAAUGAAAAAAUUGCAUGAUCACGGAUGGUAUAGUGGUGCGAUAACUAAAAAUACAAUACAAGAUAAAAACAGAUUUCCGAAAAACCUUAAAAGACAAAAAAUCACCGCAAUUCCUGAAUUUCCAAAUGAUUUAAGCAAAGACUCUGAUAUACAUCACCACUACUUUGUUUUUGUAUAGCUAACAUAUUUCUUUUGAGUUUUCUUUUCUUUUUGAA